AUGCAUUAUUUUGACCUUAUCAGACUAAAAUCUGAGCAAGAGCAUCUCUUCCGUAAUAUUCAGAGAAAUGAGUACCACAACUUGUAUGGUUUUAUCAGUUCAAAGGGCUUGAAAAUUAUGAAUUUAGGAGAUGCCCUACCAGCCGCAGGUGUGGCUAAGGCUUUUGAGAGCGAUGAUGAUGAUGCUGUUGAUCCACAUCUUGAGCGCAUCAGAAAUGAAGCUGGUGAAAAUGAAAGUGACGAGGAGGUGCCUAACCUAUAUUUGAUUCAUUUUUUAUCCUCAUCUUUUGUUCAUGAAAAGCAUUUGUUAAAUUUGUGUUCUAUUUUAAGCACACAAGGACAAUAUUAA